CAUCACCCACUACACACACUUUCACAUCUUAGAGAGAGAAACAAAAGAUUAGAGAGAGAAACAAUAAAACAUGACAAGUGUAUGUUUUUGUUUUCCUUUUGUUUUUGUAUUUGUAUUUGUGUUUGUCUCCUUUCUAAUCUAACUCCAUUUCUUUACCGAUAAACACUCUCCAACUUUAUCUUCUUCCUCAAUCUUCUCCAAUCCAAUCCAAUCCAAUCUUUUUCUCCCUCACACACCAUACCCAUCAUAAAUCACCGCUAACCCAUUUCUCAAAUCACGCUUAUAGAUCCAAAUUUCCUAUCUUUAUAAAUUAUCAUCUUUCAAUUCUCUCAAUUCCCUCAUUCCAAUCCAAAAGAUACAAUUUUGUUAAGUUUUCUAUCCAAAUUCUCACUACCCAUGUCUCGAUUCAUCUCGAGAUGCAAAAAAAUGAAGGAAAUGGCGCAAUUUCCUGGGACCCACAUGGUUGUUGAAUCAGGUAACUGUCGAACCGGGUUCGGUUUAACAAUCCGGUUCAACCGGGUUCGGCCAAUUUCAACUCACUUGAAUCACAUCAUUGUAGCCGGAGUUGGUAAACAUCGCCGCCGGGAGAAUUUAAUCGGAGUCCAGGAACGGUACAAGUGGGACCGUGGCGGGUCAGAUGAUAAUGCUCAUAACCCGACCCGGAAAAUUCGGGCUGAGGCUAAUUGUCCUAGGUGUUCUAAAGAUAUGAACUUGUUCUUUUCCAAUCGCCAUUUUCCAUCCACUAGUGAUUCUGAUUGUGGUGGUGGUAAUGGUGGUGGUGGAGGCGGCGGUUCGGGUGGUGGAGAGAGUGGUUACCAAGCAGUGAAUCUAUGUCCAAAUUGUAAAACAGCAUAUUAUUUUCGUCCUUAUAAUACAUCACCAUUACAAGGUACAUUUGUGGAGAUUGGUAGAGUAACUAAUAGUAAUAAUAAUGGUGCUAGUGCUAGUAAAUCUCAAUUAUCUAGGAGGGUAAGAAAUGGUGGUGGAAAAGAUGGUGGUAGUAAUAGUAAUAGUAUUAAGAAUGGUCAUGGAGGUGAUGAAUUUGGUCUUAAAGGUAGUGCUAGUAAUUGGCUUGAAGUUUCAUUGUGGGAUACUUUGAAAUCUUACAAUGGUAGUGGUGGUGGUAGACAUGGUGAUGGUAAUAAUGGGGAGCCGCCGGAGACAUGGCCUCCACCGGCAGGUGGUGGUAAUGGGAAUGGUUUGGCUGUGCAUACUCCUCCAGGUCCUCCUUUUGCACCGGGGCUUAAUGUUGUUCGGGCUUCGGGGCCGCGGGAAGGUGGCAAUGGAGAGAAGGCCUCAUGGGGAGGGUCUAAUUUGGGGAAGGAUUUGCCUACACCAAAGGAGAUUUGUAAGGGUCUUGAUAAGUUUGUUAUUGGACAAGGUAGAGCCAAGAAGGUGCUUUCUGUAGCUGUUUAUAACCACUAUAAAAGAAUAUACCAUGCAACUCUACCGAAAGGGUUGGGGGCAGACUCAGGAAUUUCAGACGUAUUUGAUGAUGACGAAAAUGUCGAGCUAGAAAAGAGUAACGUUCUUUUGAUGGGUCCAACAGGAUCAGGGAAGACAUUACUUGCAAAAACACUAGCUCGAUUUGUGAAUGUUCCAUUUGUCAUUGCCGAUGCAACAACUUUAACACAGGCUGGUUAUGUUGGAGAAGAUGUUGAAUCGAUACUACAUAAACUACUUGCGGCAGCAGAUUACAAUGUUGCAGCAGCUCAACAAGGAAUAAUUUACAUCGAUGAAGUUGACAAGAUAACAAAGAAGGCCGAGAGCUUAAAUAUCAGCCGAGAUGUUUCCGGCGAGGGUGUUCAGCAGGCAUUAUUAAAAAUGCUCGAAGGAACUAUAGUAAAUGUUCCGGAGAAAGGAGCCAGGAAACAUCCACGGGGCGAUAACAUUCAGAUAGACACAAAGAAUAUUCUUUUUAUAUGUGGUGGAGCAUUUAUUGAUCUCGAAAAAACGAUUUCAGAGAGACGACAAGAUUCUUCCAUUGGCUUUGGAGCACCCGUUCGUGCCAACAUGAGAACCGGCAGAAUAAUAGAUUCUUCAAUAGCAUCAUCUUUACUUGCAACGGUGGAGAGUUCGGAUCUGAUUGCAUAUGGACUCAUACCAGAGUUUAUCGGACGAUUCCCCAUCUUAGUUAGCUUGUCAGCCUUAACCGAAGAGCAACUUAUGCAGAUCCUCGUAGAACCAAAACAUGCACUUGGUAAACAAUACAAGAAAUUAGUCAGCAUGAAUAAUGUAAAGCUACACUUCACCGAGAAAGCUCUUAAACUCAUAGCAAAGAAAGCAAUGGCCAAAAAUACCGGUGCCAGGGGUUUAAGAGCCUUAAUAGAAAACAUUUUAACCGACGCCAUGUUUGAGAUUCCGGAUAUUAAGACAGGAAGCGACCGCGUUGACGCUGUAGUUGUUGAUGAAGAAUCAGUAGGAUCACUAACGGCUCCUGGAUGUGGCGGGAAAAUUCUCCGCGGAGAUGGUGCUUUGGAGAAGUACCUAGCUAAGACAAAGGAUUCAGAGGCGAAUGAUGAAGAAUCAGAGUUUCAAGAGAGAGAUUCAGAUAUUUCAUCGAGAGCGAUGAGCAUGUAACAUUGUAGUUAGUUAGUGUAUGAUUUAUCAUUGUUAUUGUUAUUUGUAAAAAUGAUAUAAAAAGAAAAAUUGAUGUAAUUAUCCCUUGUACAACAGUGUUAGUUGUUACUGAAUAGGAAAGAAAUAAGAAAAAGAGAAAGGUGUAGUGUAGCAUUGCUAAUUUAGGCAGCACAUUAUACAGAUUUUCAAUUGUUUAUGAGGAA